AUGUCCUCCCGUCGCCGCGAUCGCUCACGGUCUGUCUCCCCGCGUCAUAAGGAUCCUCGCGAGGAAGACUCCUCCCGCAAAGAUAAAAAGCACAAAAGAUCACACCGCCGUCGUUCUAAAGACUCCGAUCUCAUUGAGCAGGCGAAGAAGUUCCUCCAACCCAUAACCGAAGAUGAUUAUUAUACCAAAUCAACCGAAUUUCGAAUAUGGUUGCGUGAGUAUAAGGACAAAUAUUUCGACGAAUUGAACUCGGAACAGACGAGGCGAUAUUUCAAAAAAUUUGUGAAUGCCUGGAACAAGUUUGAGCUCGAAAAGAAAUACUACGACGGUAUUCGCUCGUCACAAAUAGAUAAAUCAGACAAGACUCGAUACAAGUGGAAUAUUAAAGCAAACGCUGAUGAACUUGAAGCAAUUAAGAAUACA